UGUUGAAAUUUGUAAAAAAAGAUUUUAGGAAAGUUUUCUAAGGAAAAAGAAUAGGACAUUCUCUUAAAUUUUGCCGAGUAGCUUGUUAAACGCUCGUAAUUACCGAGCGCGCAAAGAGCUCUAGGAUUGACAGUCAUAAAAAUUACGACUACGAAUGAAGGUGGGAGAAUAAUUUAAGACGACUGAAAUAUACCUAGUAUAUAAAUAAAAAUUGCUUAAGAGUUCCCUUUGAAUAUAGUAAAACAUCAAAAUUUUUAAUUCCAAUUUUCCAGUUCCAACCAGUCUCAAAUUUCUACGCAAACACGCCAACUCAGAGCUUGAUGUUUCAGCCUUGUUCAUCUACAGCAACAUUAGAUAUAGUACAACCAAUUAAUGAACAAUCAAAACAAAAUCCUUUACUUCAACAACCUCCACCCCCUCCACCGCCUUCACAUACAUUACCUCCGACAUCCAAUCGACCAAAAAAGAAGUCGAGUGCUUCGGAACAUGGAUUAAGAAUACGUGGGGUUUUCCAUGGUAAUCCUCAAAGAAAUAAUAGAAAAAUACGGGCGAAAAUAAUACUCCAACUUUAUACAUAA